UGGAAAUGGGUCCAAGCCAAAUUUUACUGAAGCCGGACUUUCGGGCCGCCUUCCGCGGCACUCUCUUGUUGAUUCUCUUCCACCACCUGCCUGUGCUCUCUGGUCGAAAUGCUCUGGAGGGCAGCGCAUCUCAAGCAUGGUCUAUAUCUCUGAACUUCUGUACUGACCUGAGCACAAAAUGAAAGUUACGCAACACUGAGCCACCGCAUAGAGAACACGGCGCAAUUCCCGGCAAACUGCGUAAACCUAAACUCUAGCUUAAGGUCUCGAAUAGCCGCCCACGCGUUCCUAUCUUCCUAUCAUACUCAGGUUUAUCGAUAUGGAUCUCAAUCUCUCUGACUGCUCGAAUGUGUCGCUGCCAGCUAUCAGAACAUCCCCUACCCAGUUCGCUUGUAUGUCGAUCUCCGAGGAUCGUGAGGUCCAUGCAAACAGCACGGAGUGUCUGGGAAUUAAUCUCAAAGCUGGGCUACGCGAAUAUCGGAGGCGCGUGGGAUCAGAUCCUUUCCAUGAUCAUCCGAAUCGUCUUGAUCGCACCUUGAAAAUGUGUCUUGACUCCGACUCUGUAGAUGAGAUCUUAGCAUCUCAAAUCGUAACACACCGCAGUAUUAUGACCAAGCUAUUAUAUGGGGCCGCUCAACAGCUCAACAGUACUGAUCCCGAACCUGACCGCAUCCACACCUUUGUCCGCGACGGCGAAUGCAUUGGAUCCAACUUCGAAGCGUUAUGCACUGGUGGAUCUCCUAACGGUGUCACAUUCAAUCUGGGAGAUUUAAAGGUAGUCUUUGCAGGCGAGGUUGACUGCCAAAAAGAUUCAAACGUCACAGGGCAGGCAAAAGACUGUCUAGAGCUGAAAACGAAAUGCCAGGGUUCGAAACAGGCUCCUGCGAAACUUCGAUGGUACUUCCAAUCAUCUCUUAUCGGUGUCCCAACCAUUGUCCUGGGUUGGCAUAAAGAGGGCGUGUUGACGGCGGUCGAUAUGAUUGAUGUUGCUACGAUGGUCGAUGAAACGAUUCUGCAGCAACGGUAUGACAGUGCUGCCAUAUUCCUUACCUCCUUACGGCGGCACUGCAUGGCGCACGCUAUGGAGAAGGAAGAUAAUCCGAUAUGGAGGCUUAUAACUAAAAGUGGACUACAAAGAAGACCUACCAUUCGUGCUUUGAACUCCGAGGAGGUUCAAUCAGUUAAAUAGAGAUGACGCCAGGAUUGGUAUUCUUCCUAGUUGGCCUUGUGACGGCUUUACAGAAAUGAUUGCUUCUGUAAUGACUUGUGCACAGUGUAUAACAAUGCAUUUUUGGGCGUCCGUGGGCCCAC